AUGCAAAAUAGUAAUGCAUGUAUUUAUGUGACUCUACACAAUCAGAUGAGUAGCAGAGAAGAAAGCUUGUGUUUUUUUGUUAUUCACCAAGAGGCUAGUUGGUUGGAAAUAGGGUUCUUCUACGGGCUUAGAAGUCAGAUCGUGUGGAUUGGUCGAAGACAAUACGUGUGUUCUCUAGAUGAAUCCAGAGACCAUUACUCCUAA